GCAAAAAUGGCUUUCAUCCUUCGGACGUGCCUGGUGCUAACAUUGACCAUUCUUCUAAAGAAUGCAGCAGGGCUCAAAAACAACGGACGUUUUCCCAACGACUUUUUGUUCGGAGUAUCUACAGCUUCAUACCAAAUUGAAGGUGCUUGGUUAGAGGAUGGCAAAGGUUUGAGCGUUUGGGACGAAUUCGUGCACAGAAACCCAUCACUUGUGGUUAAUAAUGAUACUGGUGAUGUCGCCUGCGACUCUUACCACAGAUUUAGAGAGGACGUCCAUCUAACCGCAGGCUUGGGUGUCCAAUUGUACCGCUUUUCCAUCUCCUGGGCCAGACUUUUCCCGGACGGGUACGUCGACAAAAUAAACCAAAAGGGCUUGAGAUACUACAAGAACCUAAUCCAAGAAGUCAUCAGGCGCGGUUUGAAACCGGUUGUGACGCUUUUCCAUUGGGAUCUUCCGCUUACGCUGUUCCAGGAUGGUUUGAGCUGGACAAAUCCUGCACUUAUAGACAUUUUCACGCAAUACGCCAAAGUUGUUAUAGAAAAUUUCCCGGAAGUCAGCAUUUGGAUCACCUUCAACGAGCCCAGGGUUUACUGCAGGUAUUCCUACGGUGAAGGAGUUUUGGCACCAGGACUUAGCGAGAGCGGUAUAUUGGACUACCAAUGUACUUACGUCCUUAUAAAAGCCCACGCAGCUGUAUAUCGAAUGUACAAGAGAAAUUUCCCGCAAUACCAAGCGCCGAUGUCGAUAGUAGUGGAUUGCUCUUGGUACGAGCCAGAAACCAAAUACCCCGAUGAUAUAGAAGCGGGCAACAGGGCGCAACAAUUCACCUGCGGAAUGUACCUGUGGCCCAUAUUCAACGGCGACUGGCCGAAAGUGGUCAAAGACCGAAUCGCAGAGAGGAGCUACAAAGAGGGUUACACGAAGAGCCGUCUUCCGCAGUUCACCCCGAAGGAAAUCGAAUUCAUCAAGGGCACUUACGAUUACCUGGGAAUCAAUCACUACUCGACAUUUUUGACCAGCGACGAGCCGGAGGCGCCGUACAAUGAUACUGAUUAUGGUAACGAUAUUCGUAUAGUGACCACCAGGAUGUCCAGGUGGGGAGUAGGGGCUAAUAACAAGGCUGUGGUUCCGUGGGGUGUGAGAAAAGUACUGGUGUGGCUUAAAGAGACUUUUGGAGACCAAAAGAUAUUCAUUACAGAAAUUGGGUUAGCGGAUAAUGGUACAAGUUUGGACGAUUACGAUAGAAUCGAUUACUAUUCUGACUACUACUGUGAAAUAUUGGAAGCCAUGCAAGUUUACGGCGUCGACGUUUUCGGUAUCUCCACGUGGAGUUUAAUGGACAACUUCGAGUGGACUUCGGGAUAUUCGAUGCGCUUCGGUUUGUACGCAAUCGAUUUCUACAAUGACAUUACAUUGACGAGGCGGCCGAAGAAAUCCGUGGAAUUCUACAAGAAGCUCACUAAAACUAGACAGCUGGACUGCAGGAAUUACAACAGAGUGUGGCCUCCGCUUUCGUGGGGACCUUAUGGAAAGGAAUUCUUCGAUUACAAGCACAGAUGCGAGAGGAGAAUGAAGAGAAAAAAUAUAAUCUUUUAGAAUUAA